GGGAAAAAUACGACAGAGAAAAAAAAAUGUCCACGCCACGAGUUUCUUUACCACUUCCUGUCAGACAUGAGCAUUUUGCUCGUUGUUUCUACAUACUCUCCGCGCCCAGCAGCGACCGGGUAGCAUAUUUGGACCCCUUCUCCUUGGUCAACUGUACCGCCUGAUUUCUUCGGUCAAAGUUCAAAUUGCUUUUCACCAUGGGUAGCGGCAAGAAGGAGGCGACCCGGCGCGUGCGCCAGGGCAAGACUGGCGAUGGCCUCGGCAACGUCAAGGUCAAGGGUGAGAACUUCUAUCGUGAUGCGAAGAAGAUCAAGGUCUUGAACAUGUACAAAGACGGCAAGGUUCAACGAAACGCAGACGGCGAGAUCACCAAAGCCGCCUCAUACCAGUCCCGAGAGAUUCCCAACGCCCGCAUUGAGCCGAAUCGUAAAUGGUUCAACAACACUCGUGUUGUCUCACAGGAUACGUUGAACUCGUUUCGCGAAGCCAUGGCAGAGAAAGCCAAUGACCCAUAUCAAGUCUUGUUGAAGUCGAACAAGUUGCCAAUGAGCCUUAUUCGCGACGGCCAAGACAAGAAUGGCGUCAAGGAGCAUAAAGCCAAAAUGACAGUCGAGAGCUCGCCUUUCGCCGACGUGUUUGGCCCGAAAGCACAGCGCAAGCGCGUGAAGCUUGGCGUCAGCAGUCUUGAUGACCUUGCGGGUGACACAGAAAAGAGCAUGGAUACCUACCGCGAUCGACUCGAACAGGCCAAACUGUUGAGCGGCACUUCGGGAGACGGAGAGCAACUUGAGGACGACACAAAGUACACUCUGGCCAUCGAGCCUGUGUUCGACAAAGGCCAGAGCAAACGAAUCUGGAACGAGCUUUACAAAGUCAUUGACUCGUCCGACGUCGUUAUACAUGUGCUUGAUGCCCGAGACCCGGUAGGAACCCGGUGCAAGAGCAUCGAGAAGUAUCUCAGGGAGGAGGCCCCUCACAAACACUUGAUUUUCGUACUCAACAAGUGCGAUCUGGUGCCGACUGGUGUAGCAGCUGCUUGGGUUCGCCACUUGUCCAAGGAAUACCCAACCCUAGCGUUCCACGCGAGCAUCACCAACUCAUUCGGUAAAGGAUCGCUGAUUCAACUGCUGCGCCAAUUCUCCAGUCUUCAUUCGGAACGAAAACAGAUUUCCGUUGGGCUGAUCGGCGGGCCCAACACUGGUAAAUCAUCCAUCAUCAAUACUCUUUUGAAGAAGAAGGUUUGCACUGUUGCCCCGAUACCUGGAGAGACAAAGGUGUGGCAAUAUGUGAGCCUCAUGAAACGCAUCUACCUCAUUGACUGUCCCGGUGUGGUCCCCCCGUCGACGCAUGAUACGCCUACAGAUCUUGUGCUACGUGGGGUUGCUCGAGUGGAAAAGGUUGAGAAUCCCGAACAGUACAUACCAGCGUUGCUCAAGAAAGUAAAGCACCAUCACCUGGAGCGUACGUACGAGCUCACGGGCUGGACCAAUGCUUCGGAAUUCCUUGAACUGCUUGCAAGGAAAGGCGGGCGGCUCCUCCGAGGAGGAGAGCCUGACCUUGAUGGAGUUGCAAAGAUGGUUCUCAACGAUUUCAUGAGGGGCAAGAUUCCAUGGUUCACCCCCGCGCCCGUUGUCGAGGGCAGCGAUGCUCAGGUCCAAGGGCGCAGCGGGCGGUUAGGAGAGAUGCCCAAGAAGCGGAAGUUCGCCGAGCAUGGCGAUGUUGCUGAUACGUCUGCCGACGCACAGCUGCAGCUGGAAACAGCACAAGCCGCAGCCAAGCCUUAUGAGCAGGUGCAGGAUAAACAUCCCGAGGGCAUUGACGAUGAGGAUGAAUUUGAAGGGUUCGGUAGCGAUACUGAUGCUGCCGGCACACAUCACUCGUUUGGAGCCACGUCUGUCGUCACCGCCGAUCUUGACGGGCAAGACAUUGGGGUGUCAGAGACCUCCGGCAGCGAGGACGGCCGGUCCUCGAGAGGGUCAGGACGGGCGCCGAAAGGUCUUACUACCUAGUUUCGCGCAUUCGAUUAUAAUGAUAACGAUACCCCUUUCGAGAUGUCAAUGAUGAACGCAUAAUCACCACCUGUAUUGGGUCCAGGCCCAGGGUUGACGCACUUCAACCGAAGAAGCUCUUGCACUAGUGACAGUAAGCGUACCUUACAUAUUAUCUAGCCCCUCACGGUGCAGUGAGUUUAUCAUCGGAAUCGCAUGUUCUAUUUGAUAUUGCCGUGCGGCGAGCGCACAAAUCUUCCCCAAGCAGUCUGUGAAUUGGCCUCAAAGCCAUUUUGAUGGUCCUCUUGGUUGUCGAUUCAACACGUGAGCGUGGUUGGCAUAUUGACUCGCCUACCUACAGGGUAGGUCUGAUGUGAAGUAACCCUUUCUAGUGACCCAGUUCGGAUGUGCUUUACGAGCCGACACCAGAUAUUCGAAUAACACCAAUAUUCAA